AUGACUCGAGAGGAUUUGAAUGGUCAAGCCAUUGAGAUCAAAGAGCAUCCAGCUCGUAUUCUGACAACGGAACGCCAAGGAAAAAUUCUGGUGGAAUAUGGAGAUUCGGUUGUCUGGUCUUUCGGGGUUGAAGAGUGCCAGACGUGGUUUGCGUUUCUAUCCAAGUUCCAGACCUUCUGGCCUUCUAUACCUGAAUUCUGGCAUAAGGAUCAGGCUAUUACUGCUGAAACAUGGCCUAAAACCCUAAAAUUAGCUUCCAACAAUCGAUCUGCGCCGUUUAAGCUAACUAUGAGGCUCGGACGUCUACCUGAGCCUCCUCCGCGUGCCAUUCUUCGUCCAGAACCCCACUUGCUACCAACCACACACGGCGGGAAAGGAAAGGCCAAGAUCGAUGACUUCGCCCAUGUUCUAGCAUUGUCAGCAGGAGGUCUCAAGGGCUUUGGUGUCCAGAAUGCUGGGCUCAAGUUUUUAGAAGUCCAACUCAAUGCCGCUGAGAGUUUCUUGACGGGUGAGACGACCUUGUCGGAGCGCAAGGCAUACAAAACUUGCAAGUCAGCGACCAGGAUUGAGUGCUACGAGUAUUUGACUGGACUAGCUGGUCGAGUUGAAGACAAUGGGAGUGACACUGUACGGCGGGCAUAUCAGGAGAAGGUUGACAUUUUCAACGCUGCCGAUAUAAUCUACAGCUUCUUCAUUCCUUUGAAGUUCAAUGGCCCGAUGGUCGAUAAGUUUUGGGGAGCUUUAAGAGCGUUAAUUGAGUUGCCCACGAUCGAUGGCGAUUUUCUCCGCCCGUCAUUUGACAACAUAGCUGGAAGUCUUCGAACAUCGCUCAGAUACUUGACUCAAAACGUCUUCGCUCUCCAAAACAUACUUGCCCACUCCUCCAAAGAAGAGCGAUCUGAAGUCGAGCUACCGGUGGAAUUCUCCAAGGCAUGGCUAUACAUCGUUAUGGGCAUGGUCUAUAGUUCCAAGGACGAUCUCAAGUGGAAUAGCAGAAUAAAAAGAGCAGAAGCCCUUAUUGAGAAAGGAUCGAAAAAGCUUGUUCAGGGGCUUUGUCAGAAGAGUCUGCUAGACAAAGUCGCAGUGUUGCCACUCGAGGUUCUUUCGCUCAUCAUCAUGGGUUUGUUACAGGAUCAGGUUGGCAAGUCUGAUGAUAUUUGUGACACGUACUCUCAAUAUAUGAAUUCCUUGGACAACGCGAUCACGUCGAAACCCUCGGAUAGGUCAUUUCAACAUCAAAUCGACAUGGUGCAACAAGAGCUUAAAGCAGUCAAUCAGACGCUCUGUAGACAAAAGUCGCUCAUCUCUCGCCUGAGAAAGUCCCUGACCGCCAUCGAUACACUUGAUAUCGUCAUAGGUCAACUUGAACAUGAGACAGCGUUGAGAAAUGCAGAGAGGCAACAUAGUAGCAACAAAAGGCAUUACUCGGAGACUGUUCCCCCGCCUCCAACUUACUCUCAUCGACACGAUGAUGACUGCACGCGAACCGCCCCUAUCAAUUAUACCCAGGAAGCGCCAGCCAACGAUUACAUGGGUCUCGACGAUGACUUCCUAUUUGAUAUGGCUUCGACUUCCAAGCUAUCACCCACAGAUGCAGGCGGUCUUCGCGGUCUCUUCUUCCUCGAGUGUUCACGCCUUAUCGAGCAGCGUGAGUUCGAGUUCCGACGCUUCAGUGACUUUUCUAUUGAUCUUGAGCGUGCUAUUACUUAUAAGAUGGAAUUUACGCGAGAUCGACAGGAGCGGGCUAUUUACGCUUUCACCCUUGUCACUAUCAUUUUCUUGCCCAUCAGCGCUGUUUCGAGUAUUUUCGGUAUGAACACGACUGACGUGAGAGACAUGCCUUAUUCUCAGUGGCUGUACUGGGCCGUUGCCAUUCCGGUGACAAUCGUGGUUAUUCUUAUUGGGCUGUGGUUUAUGGGAGAGCUGGGCAACAUAACUCGGUGGUUGUUGAGACGAUCAGAAAAUGGGGGAUCAGGUACAUACUCUCGACCUGCAGCCCUACCACAGACCCUCGAAACCGCAUACUGGACUACUGCUCCUGCACAGUCUACCACUCAAGUGGCAGAGUACUCGUCGCCGUAUGAGACAGGUCAUGGAAUGCGCAGAAGGGUGCAGGCACAAGUUUAUUACCCAUCAGCUCAGGGGCGAGUUCAUCGAUCAAGGACUUUAGACAUGGGCUAUUCAUCGAGGCACUAG